GACACCUUUGCAUCUCGCUUGUGCAAACGGCCACGUGGAAGUCGUUACAUAUCUAGUAGAAAAUGAAUGCAAGCUAAAUCUUUUUGACAAUGAUAACAGAUCGCCACUGAUGAAGGCAGUACAGUGCCAGCAAGAAAAAUGUGUGUCUGUUCUGCUAGAGCAUGGUGCUGAUCCGAAUCUGGCAGAUGCUGAUGGCAACACUGCUCUUCACCUGGCUGUCCUGUCUCCUAAUACUUCCAUAGCAGGGCUGCUCCUUGAGCAUAAUGCCAAUAUUGAUGCCCAGAAUAAGGAAGGAUAUACCCCACUUAGUCUUGCUGUCUCUGAACAGCAUGAAGAGGUGAUAGAGUUUCUCCUUAAAAAAGGAGCUGACGUGCAUGCUCGAGAUCAGUGUGAAAGAACACCACUUAUGACUGCUGCUUCUGGUGGGGAGCUUAAUUUGAUAAAAGUUCUUCUUCGGUAUGGUGCAGAUGUCUCCCAUAAAGACACUAAUGGAUGGACAGCUGAGGAUUAUGCAGUUAUUAAUGGAUAUUCUAG